CGUGAAAAUGCCAAUCCACGGAUUUGUCGUCGCCGCGGGCUUUCUGCUCGGUCAGGUCGCAGCUAUCACCCCCGCGGCCAGCUCCCCGGUGGCAAGCAGUCAGGCCUAUGUGCCCUCGGUGUCGUGUCGUACGCAGCUGGGAACAAGCUCGUUGGCACUAGUCCCUACCACUACCAUUACGCGCACUAUUCAUGACCCGACCCCGGUGGUUGUCUUUUCGACGACGCAAGACACCGUCACUGUGACCCCUGACGCCUCCACUGUGACCGUCACAGACUAUGAGACAACUACGGCCGUUUCAACGGCUGACACGGUCACUGAUAUUUUCUCGACGACCUCGACUGAGUAUGACACUGCAACUGUGACUAUCACUCCCGCUGCUGUCACUGCCAUUGUACCUAUCACCGUCUCGACCACGAGCACCAGCACGUCCACAGUAGCUAGCUCUUCGGGCUUCUCUCCGAUUGCGGAGACACUGCCUACAGCUACAGCUGCCAAGCGCUCCUUGAUCGAGCAGGACGAUUGUUCUUCUUGGUUGGACGACUAUGAGUACCCUCAAGAGGUCGAGUGCCACCAGAAGAUCAUUGUCAAGACCACAACUGUCUCCACGGUCACCGAACCCCCCGCGACUGCUACCGCAGUCACUCCUAUCUCCACCGUUACUGUGACCAACACCAUCACCAGUACUUCGAUUGUGGUUCCUUCCGAUGUUUCGACCACACUCAGCUACAGUACUACUUCUACCAUCAUCGAAACCACAUCCGCAGCUGCCGAAACAACCACCGUGUUCUCAACUACCACCGCAGUGGCCGCAGUGGCCACCGCCACCUUUUACGAGGCAUGCGGGUCUAGCAACAUUGCUGGCGACCCUCUUUCCUCAGAAUAUGGCUCUUUCGCGGGCCAAUACAUGUACCUGAUUGCCUUCACCAACGUCCCCGGUGAAAGCUUGACCGUUGGCGACACCAGUUCUGCAUAUGAUUGCUGCGUCAGCUGCAUGGAGAGCUCCACCUGCGCCAUGUCCUACUACAACGCGGUUUCUUCCUCCAUCAAAUAUUGCUAUCUCAUUCACACGACAACUUGCUCGCAGUCUUCUGUUUAUGCCAAGGCGUCUACUCAUGACACUUCGGCUACCAUCCAGAUGUCUAACGGAAAUUGUGGUCGUGUUGUGGGAGUACAGGGAUAAUGUUGUAGGAAAUGUAGAAAAAAUUGUACCAUAAAGAAUAACUCGUCAGAAUUUACUGCUUUCAAUAUCCCUUUCUCUGUUGAAAUACUCUCUUGAUAGUCCUCCGUAGGAAUUAGUCAAUAUGCUUCCACCAGACUGUGUAGACAGCUGACCCAACCCCUCUCUACGUCUCGAGUCAGUGCCUCCCCACACAUCAUCCACACUAGUUGAAAAUCUCU